CAGGGCUCUAUACGAGGGUCAAUGCUAGAAUUCUACCUAGAAACCCUUGAAACAAUCAAUAAUACCAAACAAUACAUGAGAGCAGAAGCUUUGGAUGCAGUGAACGGAAUAUGGAUGGACGCGAAACCUAACGUUGAACAAUUCUUGGCAGACUUGAGAAACCUAACAUUAAUCGAAGAUGAUUUUGAGGAGUUCAAAAUAUUUUUGAACGAAUCAUACUAUGCAAAUGAAUUUUACAUCAGAACAAUAACCAAUAUUGUUGUGACUAUGUUCGACGAAUUAGCUUUGAAGUCACAUUUCCAAUCAUUACCCAAGAUCGUUCAAGAAAUAUGGUCAGUAAUGGGCGACUCGGGUCAGAAGAUUAAAAAAAGCAUUCUAUGGGUCGUAGAAAAAAUUAAAAUAUAUUACAAGAAUACAACCCAGUUCAUCCACGAAUUGAUAAAUGGAGAUCCCAUCGAGCAUAUCACCAAGGUAUUGAAGAAGGUAGUUGAAAGAUACGAUGAGUUCAUCAAAAACGUCCACGUCACUGCCUUGCAGUAUGUUGAAAGCUUGUGGACACAAACAUACGACAUGGUGAUUGAACAUUGGCACAAAACAUUGGCUGCAUUGGAGCCGGCUUUCUUGAGGUUCGUUCACUACGUUGAAUCGAUGUUGUGGCAUACUGGAAAAGAAUUAUUGGACUUUUUGUACCAACGCAAAAACGAAAUCAUUGAAUCGCCAUACUUUGUUCAGUUCACAAAGUUGUCACAUGAUGUUGACAAGUUUUACAAGGAUAUGACAGGGAACAACACUAUAGCCAACUUAUACAAGUACGCGCAAGUGGCUUGGUCCUUCUUGAAAGAAAAGUACCUGAGUUCAGUGCCUUUUGGAAGAGAAAUUAUAGAUAUCAUAAACGAAAUUGUAACAGAAUUGAAAAAAUUAACUGAUAUACCAUCUAUCAAUUUUUUGGUUAUGAAGUGGAACGAAGCUUCAGAUCAAUUGAAGUACUACUAUGAUUACUUUGACAUGGAGAAUAGGAUACAAAGAAUGAUCAAGCUGAUGUAUUUGAAGCUGUCUGAUAUGACAGUCACAGCGCUUGAAGAUGAAAAUAGGUCAUGCCAUGGAAUACAAAUCGGGGAUAGUGACGUGGAAUUCCUGCCAGCGCAAAUUGGAGAGGCAUACCUAUACAGGGACGGCGGGGUAUUUUAUGUCACCAGCGAGAACGGGUUUUCACUAGAAUGCAAUAUGAAGUUCAAGAUAUGCACCUUCCAAAUGUCAGGUUGGUACUCCGGCAAAACAGCAGGCUUAUGGGGCACAUACAACAACGAGCCUUCAGAUGAUUUCUUGAUGACCAACAAAUCUAAAGCUCACCGAUCUAAAGUAGAUACGUUCGGAGAUAGCUGGUCACUCCAAAAAGACUGCAAAGCAGGACCUCAGUCACCACCCAAAUCCAGUUCUAGCGUACCUGAGGCGGUACGAGAAGCUUGUGAAGAAUUCUUCACCAGCAAAGUUUCUCAACUUAGUGCUUGCUUCUCAAGGAUACCAAAAGAAAGCUUCUUGUCGAUGUGCCUUAGUAGUACUACUUUGGAUGAAGCUUGUACAUCAGCUGUAUCGUACAUAGAGCUAUGUGCUCUGCAGAAUACCCCGCUGAGGAUACCAGACACCUGUGUUAGGUAA